CAAAAGACAUGUACUACCUACCUACAAAGAUAAAUAGAAAUUUAGAUUUUGGUUAUAAAAGACGUAUUUGCUUUUAUGGUCAUUGGUGUUUCAGUAUCCCUCAAAAAGUGAAACAGAAAUAUUAAACGUUUCAGAAGAAAAUGUCAUUUAGAGACCUGAGGAAUUUCACAGAGAUGAUGCGUGCUCUUGGAUUCAGUCGGUUGAUAUCAAUGGAAAAUUUUCGAACUCCAAACUUUGUCCUUAUCGCUGAUAUUUUAAUAUGGCUUGUACAUAGAUUUGAUCCUGAUGCUGAUAUUCAUGAUGCAUAUAAUACAGAAGAAGACCGAGUUAUACUUGUGAGGAGUGCAGCAGAAUUUAUGGCAUUAAAAGGCAAUGUAAUGUUAAAUACAAAACGUAUUUACCAAGCAGAUGGUUAUGCUGUAAAAGAAUUGCUAAAGAUUGCAACCCUUUUGUACGAUGCUCUUCAAGCAAACGCAAAUGGUACUGUCUCAAACACACAGUGGUCUUCAAACAAUGCUAUAGAUGUAACAUCUUAUAUACAAGAUCUCAAACUCUCACGUGAGCUAGCUUCUCAAGUUACAGUUAAAGGAGCUUCAAUUUAUGAACUAUUAGGGAAAGAAGCUGAACUAAGAGAAAUAAGAAAUUCAAGUAUAAGCAACUUAUUGGAACUGAACAAAGUAGAAACAGCAUUAAAAGAAGCUAUCGCAUACACAAAAGAUAGUAUAGCAAAUACAAAAUCCCUUAUCGAAAAUGUAGCAGCAACAGAGAGUAGUCUAGAUAAAAAAAUUGAAAAGAAACAAACUGAGCUCGAAAGAAACCAAAAAAGACUACAAACAUUGAAGAAAGUGAGGCCAGCAUUUCUUGAAGAGUUUGAAAAAUUGGAGGUUGAACUUCAAACUUUGUACCAAGAAUAUAUCGUACGAACACGAUGUAUUUCCUAUUUGGGACAACAACAAGAAGAAGCAGUGCAAAUCGAACAUGAAAGGAUGCAGCACCGCCAGCGCGAGACAAGGAAAUUAAUGGAGGAAAUACAAAUGGAAGAUGCGAGAAAACUGAUGGAAUCUGAAGCUGAUCUUGAAGUUGGCCAUCUGGAAGGGAUGAUAAAUAUGAACGACAAGACCCAACCUGCAACUAGAAGAUUAAGAACUGCAACUGCAUCAAAAAUGAGGAUGGCCACAGGAAGAAAAAGGAUAUAUGGAGGGAUGAAUGCCCCAGAUGAUGAAAGUAACAGUUUUGACUCAGAUUCAGAUUUGCUUUUAGACGAUGAUGGCGAUAAUUCCGAUUUACUGGGAAGUGGGGAUGAUAUUGAAGGUCUCCCGAUAGAAACAAACAAUUCUGAUCCAAGCGACGAUGACUUUUGAAAUUUAUAUCCAUAAAUGAAUUGUUUCAAACAAUGUUUUUUUUUUUUUUUGACAAUGUAAUAUAGUUAAGUUAACAAUGGAGUAAUUUAUUUAUUUUUUAUUAAAGUUAUUUAUCUGCAAUAAAA